UUUGAGCAAGCAAAGGUGAUCAUCGUUUCCAGAUGGUAAGCAUAUUGCUUGAUGCCAAAGCAGACUUUCCUGUCAAAUAUCUUUUAUAUAUGGCGUGUCAUGUCAGAUGGCAAUCGAGAGCUUUCUCUCCACUCCACCAGUAGCAAACAGAAAUACAUUGUCAUGUCAGAUGUUUUGUUUCGAGUAAGUAACAUAGACAAGCUAUGAACUAGAUAGAUAUUAAUGUGACAGGAUCAGAUUUUUCUUAAAAGAUAAUUAACUUUGUUGUAGAAAAUGCUAUGGAGGGGUGCUUGUGUUGCAGUUCCCAUGUUCUUUGGUAAGUCAGAAGAUGAGGUUGGUGUGAGAGACGUAGCAGACAUUAUGCAUAGGAUGUUGAUUAUGAGGCCACCAUGAAAACUAAGCUUUCAAUUGCCAAGAAGAAUUUCUAAAAUGAUCUUUGACAUUAAACUCAAGCUCAUUUUAGAAAUUCUUCUAAGAGGUAUGUUUCAAAAGCUCUGGAUACCUGCAUAGAACUUCUGCCUCCAAAGGCUCACAUUCAAAAUAGUAUAAGCUCUCAACUCCUUUGUUCACAAGGACCAUUAGACAUACAAAAACUAUGUGUUUGUUGUUAACGAUCCAAAAUAAAAUAUUGUGAUAGCUUCUUAGCUAUUUUCAGUAAGUGUCUAUUUUAAGCAAAAACUCUCGUUUUCUGUUCUUUUCUUUACCUCAGAAAAACGCGGUAAAACCUAUAACGUGCCAAACAAGAAAGACAUUUAUAGCAUUACACAAACAGAUUUAGAUGCAAAGGGUUUGAAGAAAGAGAAAAAUCAAAAAAGGAAAAAAAAAACAAAAAAGAAAAAGGAGAAAGAAAGUAUCGUUCGGAAGAGGGGAGUCUCAGGAGAAAAAACAAAAGAGAUAAGUUUUUUUCCGGUGACAGUGUGUGUCGGCUUCUCUGAAGCUCCCUUCUGUUGUUUCAAUCUUUCUCCGUUCUCUCUACUGAAUGCCUUCAUCAGGAAAAUUGCGGUGAUUCACACAUAAGCACAAUGGAUUCAAGCGAAGCAAAGGACACACCAUCUUGUGACUGUAUAAAACGAGUUCUUUAGUUGUGUAUAUAAAAAAAUUAGGUUUUGGUAUGAAUUGCUUGGCUACGACCUUAAUCAUCACCUGCAAGACUACAUUGAUCUCUGAUAUGGCCGUGGCUAUUGAUCCAUUCAGUGACCAGUUCCCUUACUUCAAACGAUCCUCACAAAGAUGCAGACUCUUAUCCCUAACCAACCUUGACUUCAACUUCCUUGGAUCUAGCCUGGCGCAAUCCUUAAAUGGAAUGUCUCAAGAUGACAACAUCCAUCGCAGCGUCUCCUCUCCUUGCUUCUCCAUAGCUGCCUCUGCUAAUAUGGAGGAAGACAAGAAAGCAACGUGUGCUCCACGGAUUGAGAUUCUUGGUGGACAGAGUGUUCCCACCGUCCGUGCCCUUGUGGCUGAGGUGACAAUGGCUAUUGUAUCUGGAGCUCAGCCUUUGCUUUUACCAAGUGGCUUGGGAGGUGCUUAUCUUCUCCAAACCGGAAAGGGUCAUAACAUAGCUGUAGCUAAACCGGUUGAUGAGGAGCCUUUGGCCUUAAACAAUCCUAAAAAGUCUGGAAGUUUGAUGCUAGGGCAACCGGGAAUGAAACAUUCUAUCCCUGUUGGUGAAACAGGUAUCAGAGAGUUAGCUGCUUACCUUCUUGAUUACCAAGGCUUCUCUAAUGUUCCACCAACAGCUUUGGUUAGCAUCUCGCAUGUCCCGUUCCACGUCAGCGACGCCUUCUCCUUCUCUUCCUUUCCCUAUAAGGUUGCUUCCUUGCAGAGAUUUGUGUGUCAUGAUUUUGAUGCUGGAGAGUUAGGUCCAGGAAGCUUUACGGUUACCUCGGUUCACAGGAUUGGAAUACUUGACGUGAGAGUCUUGAACCUUGAUAGGCACGCUGGGAACAUGCUGGUGAAGAGCUGUGAUCAAGACAAGCGUUAUAACCGAGUUGGGACAGCUGAGCUUGUGCCUAUAGAUCAUGGUCUCUGCCUCCCUGAGUGCCUAGAUGAUCCUUACUUUGAGUGGCUAAACUGGCCUCAAGCUUUGGUUCCGUUCACCGACACUGAGCUGCAGUAUAUAUCCGAUCUGGACCCUUUCAAAGACGCGGAGCUUCUGAGAAAUGAACUACAGUCUUUGCCUGAAUCUGCCAUAAGGGUCCUCAUUGUCUGCACGGUUUUCUUGAAACAAGCAGCAGCUGCAGGGCUCUGUCUUGCAGAGAUAGGUGAGAAGAUGACAAGGGAUUUCUAUAGAGGUGAAGAUAGUCUCAGUCUGUUGGAGACACUCUGCACCAAAGCGAAAGCAACUGUAGCAGUUGACAAAGGAAAUGAAGUGAACGCGGAGCUCGAAUGUGAAGUGGAGAUAACAGAGGUCUUUCAUGUAUCUAAACCACCUUUGGCUCCAAAAGGGCCACGUGCAAACUCCAUACCUGCUUCAAUGCUAUCCUCACAGAACCAGCGGAUUACUGUGAAUGCAAAAGAAAAGAAGAGAGGAGGCACCAUGAGGAGCAGGAGCCCACCGAUGCGUGUGAACCAUGCUGAAUCAGAAGGUGUGUCUUUCGGGGACAUGACAACAGUCGAAUGGGACAUGUUCCUGCAGAGCUUCCAGACACUUUUGCAAGAUGCACUGAGCAAAGGGUCAGUGCCAAGAUUAGGAAAACAAUAAUAAAUAAAAAAAAAG